GCGCGAGGGAGGGAGAGCGCGAGGGAGAGCGAGCGAGCGAGCGAGGGAGGGAGUUCAAGCCAAAAUGGCCGACAGAGUCUCUGCUGGUUUCUGAACAUUUGAAAUUGAAAAAGAAAACACGUACAGAAUCACUUUUUGGAUCUCUUUUCAUUUCCAUUUCUACCUUGUAUGCCUCAACUCGCUGGAUUUAAGCACUGCUGCACUUUAUGAGACCUGGAAAAUGAUUUAAAAGUGCUUGGAUAUCACUGAGUACGAAAACGCCAUGAAGAUGCUGUUGACCCCAGCCUCCAUAUAUAUACUUAUCUACGAAGCAGCUUUCUUCAGCAAGUAGGGGAUGACUACUGAGAACUUCAUCAAAUAAAGCAAGACUGUGUAUUCUGAUAAGUAAUGUUGCUAACUCAGAAUAUGGUAUAAUUGUGCUUGGUCUUCUGCACAAUUCAUGGGAAUGGUAGUCCAUUUAACCACAACGUAUAGGUGAAUGUUGGUACUUUGGUACUGGGAAAUUUUUAGCCAGUGAGAUCACACAUUCAUGUGCACUGGUUGGAAUCUAAAUGUUGACUAGGUUCAAACUGCCUCUAAGAAUGUGGUUAACCUGAAGAAAAACCUCCAAAGCUGUCUUGAAUCUUGUGCCAAGUUCAGAUUAUUUCAAUUGAUGCAUCUUUAACAGACCAAACAGUGCUGAAGGAAAAAAUAAGAGCCUGAACAAAGCAAAUGCCAUUUGAUAAGAGAGAAGGAGCAAGAAAGGGAAGAACAGUUAAUGGAAGACAAGAAAAGGAAAAAAGAGGAUAAGAAAAAGAAGGAAUCUGCUCAGAAGGUCACAGAUCAAAAAACCAAAGUGCCCGAAGUGACGAAACCAAGUUUAAGCCAACCAGUGGCUGCCAGCCCAAUUGGCAACUCUCCAUCGCCACCAGUCAAUGGUGGCAACAAUGCCAAAAGGGUGGCAGUGCCGAACGGACAACCGCCAAGCGCCGCCCGCUACAUGCCUCGGGAGGUGCCGCCGCGAUUCCGUUGCCAGCAGGACCACAAAGUGUUACUGAAGCGUGGGCAGCCCCCUCCGCCAUCCUGUAUGCUCCUUGGGGGUGGAGCAGGGCCUCCUCCCCCAACAGCACCAGGAGCAAACCCAAACAACGCACAACCAGUGACAGGAGCACUGCUGCAGAGCGACAGUGGGACUGCAACAGAUUCAGCAAUUGGAGGUGCUGCUGCUUCAAAUUAUGCAAAUUCCACUUGGGGUCCUGGAGCCUCCUCCAACAGCGGCACCAACGCCAACCCAACUCACAUCUGGGACAAGGUGAUUGUAGACGGGUCUGACAUGGAAGAGUGGCCUUGUAUUGCCAGCAAAGAUGCUGAGUCUUCUUCCGAAAACACCACCGAUAAUAACAGUGCCUCGAACCCUGGCUUGGAGAAGAACACUCUGCCAGGAAGCACCACUAGUAACAAAGGAAAAGGAAGCCAGUGCCAGUCUGGAAGCGCUGGAAAUGAAUGUAAUCUUGGGGCCUGGAAAUCUGAUCCCAAGGCUAAAUCUGUUCAAUCUUCCAACCCUGCUGCCGAGAGUAACAAUGGACUAGGAAAUUGGAGGAACUUGAGUGGACAAGAUAGAAUUGGUCCUGGUUCUGGCUUCAGCAACUUUAACCCAAAUAGCAACCCAUCUGCUUGGCCGGCACUGGUUCAAGAGGGCAGUUCUAGGAAAGGGACUUUGGAAUCUGAUAGUGGUAGCUCCAAUGCACAGAUUAGCACAGUAGGUCAGACCUCUAGGGAACAGCAGUCAAAGAUGGAAAAUGCGGGUGUUAACUUUGUCUCUGGCAGAGAACAGGCUCAAAUUCAUAACACUGAUGGACCAAAAAAUGGAAACACUAACUCCUUGAACUUAAGUUCACCAAACCCUAUGGAGAAUAAGGGAAUGCCCUUUGAAAUGGGCUUGGGGAACCCUUCCAGGAGCACUGACACCCCUUCACAAAGCACUGGAGAAAGAAAGACUGGGAGUGUUGGGUCUUGGGGUACAGCUAGGGGGUCUUCUGGAACUGACACAGUCUCUGGACAGAGCAAUUCUGGAAACCAUGGGAACAAUGGAAAGGAUAGAGAGGACUCCUGGAAAGGAGGUUCUGUUCAAAAACCUAAUGGGUCAAGAAGUGAUUCUUGGGAUAACAAUAACCGGUCUACGGGUGGUGGGUCUUGGAACUUUGGCCCUCAGCAUGCAAAUGAAAGCAAAUGGGGUGAAGGGAACAAAUUGACAUCUGGAGUCUCUCAGGGAGAAUGGAAACAGCUGUCUGGGUCUGAUGAACUGAAGAUUGGAGAAUGGAGUGGUCCAAACCAACCAAAUUCUAGCACUGGAGCAUGGGACAAUCAAAAAGGCCACCCUCUUCCUGAAAACCAAGGCAAUUCCCAGGCUCCCUGUUGGGGAAGAUCUUCCAGCUCCACAGGAAGUGAGGUUGGAGGUCAAAGCACUGGAAGCAACCACAAAGCAGGAAGUAGUGACAGUCACAAUUCUGGACGCCGAUCAUAUAGGCCUACGCAUCCUGAUUGCCAGGCAGUCUUGCAGACUCUGCUGAGCAGGACCGAUUUGGACCCCCGAGUGCUUUCAAACACUGGCUGGGGUCAAACUCAAAUUAAGCAAGAUACCGUAUGGGAUAUUGAAGAGAUGCCACGGCCCGAGGGAAAGUCUGAUAAGGGAACUGAGGGGUGGGAGAGCUCUGCCACACAGACAAAGAACUCAGGGGGCUGGGGCGAUGUACCCAGCCAAAGCAAUCAAAUCAAGUCUGGAUGGGGUGAGCUCUCAACCCCAACAGAGUGGAAGGACCCCAAAAAUACUGGAGGAUGGAAUGACUAUAAGAACCCCAAUACUUCUAAUUGGGGAGGGGGAAGACCAGAAGAAAAAUCAUCAUCCUCUUGGAAUGACAGCUCUAGUAAGGAACAGGGGUGGGGUGGACGGCAACCUAAUCAAGGAUGGUCUUCUGGAAAGAACGGUUGGGGAGAGGAAGUUGACCAAACAAAAAACAGUAACUGGGAAAGUGCAGGAAACAAGCCAGCAUCUGGUUGGGGUGAAGGUGGGCAAAAUGAGAUCGGAACUUGGGGUAAUGGUGCAAAUGCUAGCGCUGCUUCAAAGGGUGGAUGGGAUGAUUGUAAAAGAACUUCAACAUGGAAUGAGACGGGUCGACAGCCCAACUCCUGGAACAAGCAGCAGCAACAGCACCAGCAGCAACAGCAGGAGGCUUCUGGCUCCUGGGGUCCACCGCCACAAACUCCAAGUAACGGGCGACCUCCAAACCCAAACUGGAACAGCGGACCACAACCAGCUGCCCCCAAAGAUGAGGAGCCUAGUGGCUGGGAAGAACCUUCUCCACAGUCAAUCAGUCGAAAAAUGGAUAUUGAUGAUGGCACUUCAGCAUGGGGAGAUCCUAGCAGUUACAAUUACAAGAAUGUGAACCUGUGGGACAAGAACUCGCAAGGAGGACAGGCCCCACGGGAACAGAGCCUGCCUACUCCAAUGACUAGCAAAUCACAAGCAUCAGUCUGGAGCAAAAACACUCCACCUGCUCCAGAUAAUGGUACGUCCGCCUGGGGUGAGCCAAAUGAAGCCAGUCCCGGGUGGGGUGAAGUAGAUGAUACAGGAGCAUCGACAACAGGCUGGGGGAAUGCACCUUCCAACGCCCCGAAUGCCAUGAAAUCUAGUUCUAAAUCUAUGCAAGAUGGCUGGGGAGAGAGUGAUGGGCCAGUGACAGGAACACGUCAUUCCAGCUGGGAAGAGGAAGAGGAGGGAGGAGUCUGGAACACAGCAGGCUCUCAGGGAAGCAGUUCCUCCCACAACUCAACAAGCUGGGGGCAAGGAGGAAAGAAAACACAAAUUAAGUGCUCAUUAAAAGGAGGAAAUAAUGAUACAUGGAUGAACCCUUUAUCCAAACAGUUUUCAAAUAUGGGAUUGCUAAGUCAAACUGAGGACAUUCCAGGCAGUAAGAUGGACUUGUCUGUAGGUGGUCUCCCAGAUAAGAAGUUUGAGGUAGAUAAACGAGCCAUGAAUCUGGGAGAUUUUAAUGACAUAAUGAGAAAAGAUCGAUCUGGGUUCCGUCCACCUAAUUCCAAAGACAUGGGAACCACAGAUAGUGGGCCUUAUUUUGAGAAGGGUGGCAAUCAUGGUUUGUUUGGAAACAGCACAGCACAAUCGAGAGGCAUGCACACACCAGUGCAGCCACUAAAUCCUUCCCCCAAUAUCCGGGCGCAAGUGCCUCCCCAGUUCCUUUCCCCCCAGGUUUCAGCCUCCAUGCUCAAGCAGUUUCCCAACAGUGGCUUGAAUCCAGGUCUUUUCAAUAUGGGGCCGCAGCUUUCUCCACAGCAGAUUGCCAUGCUGAGCCAGCUUCCACAGAUUCCCCAGUUUCAAUUAGCAUGUCAGCUCCUCCUUCAGCAGCAGCAACAGCAGCAGCAGCAGCUGUUACAGAGCCAGAGGAAGUUAUCUCAAGCUGUGCGACAACAGCAAGAGCAACAGCUUGCUCGUAUGGUGAGUGCCCUCCAGCAGCAGCAGCAGAGACAGCCUGGAAUGAAGCAUUCACCAUCCCAUCCUGUUGGGCCUAAGCCACAUUUAGACAGCAUGGUACCCAAUCCUUUGAAUGUGGGUCUCUCAGAUUUACAGACCAAAGGGCAAAUACCUGGAUACGGUUCAGGCUUUGGCUCAAGUGGCAUGGAUUAUGGCAUGGUGGGAGGGAAAGAGGCUGGAACGGAAUCUCGCUUUAAACAGUGGACUAUGAUGGAAGGGCUGCCCUCUGUGGCUUCACAAGAUGCCAAUAUGCACAAAAAUGGUGCAAUAGUGCCCCCUGGAAAGGCUCGUGGAGGAUCUCCCUACAACCAGUUUGACAUAAUCCAGGGUGACCCGCUUGGUGGCCAUGCAGGCCCUGCUGGUGAUAGUUGGUUACCUGCCAAAUCUCCACCAACAAACAAGAUUGGAAGCAAAUCCAGCAACGCCAGCUGGCCUCCAGAGUUCCAACCAGGAGUGCCAUGGAAAGGUAUACAAAACAUUGACCCUGAAUCUGACCCCUAUGUGACCCCUGGAAGUGUGCUGGGGGGGACAGCCACAUCUCCCAUUGUAGAUACUGAUCACCAACUUCUGCGGGACAACACCACAGGGUCUAAUUCUUCCCUCAACACCUCGCUGCCUUCACCUGGUGCCUGGCCCUACAGUGCCUCUGACAAUUCCUUCACCAACGUUCAUAGCACUUCAGCAAAAUUCAGUGAUUACAAAUCAACAUGGUCCCCAGAUCCCAUAGGACACAAUCCCACUCAUCUCUCCAACAAGAUGUGGAAAAACCAUAUUUCCUCAAGGAACACUACAGGGCUGCCUCGCCCGCCUCCUGGCCUGACCAACCCCAAACCAUCAUCUCCAUGGAACAGCACAGCAGCCCGAUCGGUCAGGGGCUGGGGGGCACAGGACUCAAGGCUUGCCUCUGGUGAGAAGAAUCACCUGCUAUCACCGUUGAUCAGAGCUGAGGAGUCUUCUACUUGGAGUGAUGGUGGCUCAGUUCGUCCUAGCUACUGGCUGGUUCUUCACAAUCUCACUCCACAGAUCGAUGGAUCGACCUUGAGGACGAUCUGCAUGCAGCAUGGCCCACUGCUGACAUUCCAUCUGAACCUGACCCAGGGCACCGCUCUUAUUCGAUACAACACCAAACAGGAGGCGGCCAAGGCCCAGACUGCACUGCACAUGUGUGUGUUGGGAAACACUACCAUCCUGGCUGAGUUUGCCACAGAUGAAGAGGUUAGUCGCUUUCUGGCACAAGCUCAGCCCCCUACACCUGCAGCAACCCCAAGUGCGCCCACAGCAGGCUGGCAAUCCCUGGAGACAGGACAGAACCAGACAGAUCCAGUUGGACCUGCUUUGAAUCUUUUUGGUGGGUCAACAGGGCUUGGGCAGUGGAGCAGUGGUGGCGGCGGCGGCAGCAGUGGGGGUGAUCUCACUGGCGCUUCGUUGUGGGGGCCCCCAAACUAUUCUUCAAGCUUGUGGGGGGUCCCAAGUGUAGAGGAUCCACACAGAAUGGGCAGCCCUGCUCCCUUACUACCUGGAGACCUUCUGGGAGGAGGGUCGGAUUCAAUCUGAACUUAGAACUUUCAACUCUGACCUCGUGACCUUUUUUGGAACAGCAGCAGCACUAACUUGACCUUUUCGUUUUUUUCAACUUGCAAUAAAUACAUUUAUAAAAGGAAAAAGAAAACGGAGAGAGAAAAAAAAAAAAAAAAAGGUGGGUCAUUGACAGACUGUCUGAGCACAUAGUUGCCUCCCUUAUAUAACUUCAGUUUUUUCGUUUGGAAUAUGAAUCCAAAAAGAGAACAUAUCACUCUUGAAAUACUUGAAUCAUGAACGCCAACUUAGAAAGACAAUGUGAAGCAAGUACACAUACCAUUUAAAUUUAAACACAAAAAAUUAAAAAAAUUAGUUUCUAGUUUUUCACUUUUUCAUGUUAUACGGAAGUUGUUGCUAAGAAACAUAUAUACUGAAAAAAUAGCUUUUUAACUUUGUUUGCACUGGGUGUGUUUCCGUCCUUAGGUCUACCAUGUUGGG